AUGUCGGACUCGGGCUCGGACUCGGACGUGCAGGUCUCUGAUGCAAUCGCUAACGUUUCUGACAAUUUGGGCGUGGAAUACGUCAUCUCUUUCCGUUUCGACGGGGCAGAGAAGCAGAAAGUCGAGGCCCAGUUCGAGAAGCUCAUUGCAGCUCUUGACGGCGUAGGACUUCGUACCGAAGUUCGGGACGGUGCUAAUGGUAAUGUUUUGGUAUUCGUGAGGGUCCGGUCGGAGCAGAAGCUUGUUGGCGAGGUCUACCGAUCUAGGGUGAAGGAUUGGCUUCACGGUGUUAGAUCGGCCGCGCCGGACAAGGAGACCCAGAGAUCUUUGGAUAAGGAGCCGUUGACGGAGGCGGAGAGGUUGAGGAUUGUCUGGCAACUUAUCACCCUGCCAGAGAGCGAGGGAGGUGCAGGGAUCACUCCGAAGCAGGGUCAGUGGGAUUUGGUGGAGAGCGUGUUCCCGCUUCAUGACCAUGAAUUCAACAAGGCAUGGAUGAAACGUUGGUCGACAACUUGGACCAUCGGCCCGGAGGAGCUGGGAAAGCUUCGUGAUCGGUUUGGUGAGAAGGUGGCAUUCUACUUUGCCUUUCUUCAAUCCUACCUUUCAUUUCUUAUUAUCGCUGCGGCUAUUGGCGCAGGUGCAUUUUUCCUCUUGCCUGCAUACUCUCUCAUAUUUGCAAUCACAAACUGCCUCUGGAGUGUGAUCUUUGUUGAGUACUGGAAACGCCAAGAAGUAGAUCUCGCGGUCCGCUGGGGCGUCCGUAAUGUCUCCUCUCUCCAGAACCGCCGUGCCCAGUUCAAGCACCACAAGGAAAUCGAGGAUCCUAUCACCGGGGAAGUUGUGAAGUUCUUCCCCGCCUGGCAUAGACUCGCCCGUCAGGCCCUCCAGAUCCCAUUCGCUCUUGGAGCAAGCUGUCUGCUAUCUGCGCUUUAUGCGUGUGUCUUCGCGAUUGAAAUCUUCCUCACAGAGGUGUAUAACGGUCCUUUCAAAACCGUUCUCGUUUUUCUACCCACGGUCCUUCUCUCUGUUUUUGUACCGGUUCUUACGUCGGUCCUCACUGGCAUUGCAACAAAGCUCACCGAAUUUGAGAACUACGAGAACCAGAGCGGAUACGAAGCAGCUAUGACGCAGAAGACCUUCGUAUUUAACUUCAUCUGCUCGUAUGUUCCACUGUUUCUGACCGCGUUCGUUUAUGUACCAUUCGGGAAUCUUAUUGUACCUCAUCUCGAUGUGUUCAACCUCACAACCCCCGAAAUCACCACCGAAGGUUUCCUGGACGACAAGCCCAUCAAUGCCUUCCAAAUCAACCCAGAUCGUCUCAAGAAACAAGUCAUUUACUUCACAGUAACAGCGCAGAUUGUCAACCUUGCACUCGAGACUAUUGUCCCCUUUGCCAAACGCAAGAUCUUCCGCAAGGUCAAGAAGUACCAGAACGCCCGCAACGGUGUUGCCAAAAAAGUAAGCCAUGACACUCCCGCCGAGGCCGCAUUUCUCAAGCGCAUCCGCCGCGAGUCCGAGCUCGAGCAUUACGACGUACACACCGAUCUCCGCGAGAUGGUCAUGCAAUUCGGUUACCUUACCCUCUUCUCCCCUGUCUGGCCACUUGCAAGCGUCUCUUUCCUCAUCAACAACUGGAUCGAACUCCGUUCCGACGCCGCCAAGAUCUGUGUCGAGAUGAAGCGCCCUGUUCCUCACCGCGCGGACACCAUCGGGCCAUGGCUCAACAACCUCGGGUUUUUGGCGUGGAUGGGCUCCAUCUCCUCUGCUGCCCUUAUCUACCUCUUCUCUGACUCCACCGACGGAACCCCACACUCACUCACCCUGUAUGGUGUCCUCGCGUCCAUCAUCUUUAGUGAGCAUAUAUACUUCGCCACCGCCUAUGCCGUUAGAUUAGCAAUGAGCAAGCUCGAGUCUCCCGGCCUCCAGCAGGAGCGCCGCGAACGAUUCCUGGUCAGGCGCAGGUUCCUACAGGAGAGCUUGGGCGUCGACGAAGAGUCCGAGGUCAACGAGAAGGUUGCAUUCGGGAAGAGAGCUGAGGGAACAUCAACCGAGGAGGAGAUGUUCUGGGAUAGGCAGCAGGGGCCGAAGAAGUGUGUGGAUGCGGGUAAGGAGAUUAUUAGGGGUGCGCUGGAGAAGAAGGACCAGUAG